AUGGUUGGUCCCAAGCAGAUGGGUCACUCGGGUCAGAAAAAAUUACCUGCAAGAUCCCAUCGUUCUGCAUCCUGCAAGUGUUUAGCAGCAGCAAUAAUGAUAGGUCGCAUUGCCUUAUCCAAGUUCAAAGAUAUAUUAAAAGGCAGUUCAUUUGUCAAUCAUCGAAGCUUUUUUCGGCUCAUAACAAUGUCCUUGUCCUUGCACAGCUGUCAUUCUACCCUUCUCCUCAGGCCCCUAAGAUCUCCUCGAAAGACAUCAACUCCCGGCGUCGAUCAUGUCAGUGGUAGAAAUAAGCCUGUCAAUUUUGCCUGA